GUCGUGAAACACUUGCAUUUUCAGCUCAUUUCCAUCUUUUAGUAAAGUUGCUCGCUUGCUCAUUGCAAGUCAUACCUCCUUUAGUAAAGUUGCUUUUUCGUUCAUGUAGUAGUCGGGACGCAUAAGAGGGGAAGCCAAAACGCCCGUCUGAAUUUAUAGUACAAGAUUUAAUGAACAUGCAUUCAAACCUGUAGAAGAUGGCACAUGCAUUCUCAUGUUCUGCGAAUUGCCACAAAAGCUAUACUCCUUUCUGAAUUUUAAAUCCUUGCAACUCUCAUCUUCUCAUCACAGGGGAGCUUCCAUGGUGGCGGAACAGUCUCAGUAAGCUGUCUGCUGGAACCCUCGAUUUUCAUGAAGUGAGAAAAGGUGAAAAAAGGUUUCAAAAGACCAUGACCUCAGUUCCGGGCGUUACUGGGCCCAGCUGGUAGGACCUCAAAUGGGGGGGGGCGCUUCAUUCCCUAACAAUUAACUGUUGAAGCCUGCAAGCAUGGUCUGGCAGGGGGCAUUGGGCUUGAACCUGUGUGGGCACAAAAAAAGUACCACCUGACCACCAAUGAAUCAUGCCCCCGAUGGUUAAGUUGCCUAUAUCGUGUCUGUCAUUUUUUUUCUCAUUUGUAAAGAGUAUGGUAACUACCUUGUAAUCCAGGACUGUAAAAUUUGACUAUCUCCAGCAUCUUUGCAAAAGAGAUAUCGUGGUUAGAGCUUUCUAAGUGUUUGGCUGCUCUGGCAAGAAAAGUUCAAUAGAGGAAUUUAUCAUUCUGGUUGGUAGUCUUUCACCAGUUUAGUAACUAUGCCUCGAAAAAAGAAGACCCCUAAAGAAGGGUCCUCAGCCCAGGCACAGUCUUCUCAGCAAGCUCCUGGGCAGCCACAACCAGUGCCUGGGCAGCCACAACCAGCUCAGCAAGGCCGUCCGCAGCAUCAACCACAACAAAGCCAGGCACUUCAUUUACAUCAGCAACAAGAGGGUCCAUCACAGCAGCGGUGGCCUAGUUUACAAGGUCAUCAGGCAUUGCCUCAGAUGACCUCACAACCAGGCUUUCUCCUUACACAGCCUGUAUUGCAACAAGAGGUAGGACAACAGACACAAACUGUGGGAGCUUCACAAGGAACAAGCUACAUUCAACCUCCACAAUAUCAACAAGGUGCCCCCAAGCCAUGGCCUUUUCCUGGACAAGGUGGACAAGGAAGGGGAAGAGUUGGAGAAGUUCAAGGUUCUGGGACAGGCUAUGGUAUUUCUAUGGGUUCCCAUGGUUCAGCUGCAGCUUUAAAGCCACCUUUUCUCGAUCUGCACCAAGCUGUCGAGUCUUAUCCUGCUGAUUAUCAACAGCCAGCAAGCACUGAGACAGGUACCCAAUCUUCAUCACAUGGGCCUUCAUCAUCAUCGCUCCCAAUAGACACAAGCUCCCAAAUGGAAAAACAGUUAGAAAAACUUGUAUUGGAAGGACCAAAGCGGGAAAUUGGAGGUUCUUCUUUAGUCCUGGCCCCUCCAGUAUCAAGUAAAUCAGUGAGAUUUCCUCGUCGUCCUGGGAAAGGUCAAAAAGGAAUCAAGUGUCUUGUUAAGGCAAAUCACUUCUUUACCGAAUUACCAGAUGGAGAUCUUCAUCAAUAUGAUGUGACCAUAACACCUGAGGUGACUUCCCGAGUUGUCAACAGAGCUGUUAUGGAACAGCUGGUGAUUAGAAAUAGAGAUACUCAUUUGGGGAGGAGGCUUCCUGCUUAUGAUGGUCGGAAAAGUCUGUACACUGCUGGGGCACUGCCUUUUACUUCAAAAGAGUUUACUAUAGUGCUUAUUGAUGCAGAUGAAGGGAGCAGUGUUCAAAGAAGGGAACGAGAGUUCAAGGUGGUGAUAAAUUUUGCUGCCCGAGCUGAUCUGCACCAUUUAGGUGAAUUUCUAUCUGGUAGACAGGCCGAUGCACCUCAAGAAGCUCUUCAAGUGCUUGAUAUUGUUCUAAGAGAAUUACCAACUCAAAGGUUUACUCCUGUUGGGAGGUCGUUUUUUUCUCCUGAACUGGGAAGAAGGCAGUCACUUGGAGAGGGCUUGGAAAGCUGGCGUGGGUUUUAUCAAAGUAUCAGGCCAACCCAGAUGGGCUUAUCUCUUAACAUUGAUAUAUCUUCAACUGCAUUUAUUGAGCCAUUACCUGUGAUCCAAUUUAUCACACAUUUGUUGGGGAAGGAUGUAACAGUUGGACUUUUGUCUGAUACUGACCGUGUAAAGAUUAAGAAGGUCUUAAGAGGUAUAAAAGUGGAGGUAACACACAGAGGAAACAUGCGUCGAAAAUAUCGCAUAAUUACAUUGACAUCACAGCCUACACAGGAGCUGAUGUUCCCAGUGGAUGAGAAUUCAACUAUGAAAUCAGUAGUAGGAUAUUUUAAUGAGACAUAUGGGAUCACUAUACGGCAUGCUCAACUUCCUUGUCUUCAAGUUGGAAACCAGCAACGACCAAAUUACUUGCCAAUGGAGAUUUGCAAAAUAGUAGAGGGACAGCGCUAUUCAAAAAAGUUAAAUGACAGACAGAUUACUGCUUUGCUGAAAGUUACAUGUCAACACCCCCAGGAAAGGGAGGAAGACAUAAAGAAGACUGUGCGUCAGAAUGCAUAUCAUAAUGAUAAGUAUGCCAAAGAAUUUGGCAUCAAAAUAAGUGAUGAACUUGCCUCUGUGGAAGCACGGAUUUUGCCUGCGCCUCUGCUCAAAUAUCAUGAUUCAGGCAGGGAGAAAGACUGCCAACCUAAGGUUGGACAGUGGAAUAUGAUGAAUAAGAGAAUGGUAGAUGGGGGCAGAGUAAGGUAUUGGGCUUGUAUCAAUUUUUCACGUGUUCAGGAGAUUCCUGCUACUGUAUUUUGUAAGGAGCUGGCUGAAAUGUGCCAGAUUUCUGGCAUGGAGUUCAAUUUACAACCAGUAGUCCCAUUGUAUCCAUCACUUCCUAAUCAGGUUGAGUCUGCAUUGAAACGUGUGUACACCACUAUAAAAAACAGACUAAGGGACAAGGAACUGGAGCUUCUAAUUGCAAUUUUGCCUGAUAAUAAUGGUCCUUUGUAUGGAGAACUGAAAAGGAUAUGUGAAACUGACCUCGGCAUAGUUUCUCAGUGCUGUUUAUCCAAACAUGUAAUAAAGAAGAGCAAACAGUACUUGGCAAAUGUAGCUCUCAAGAUUAAUGUUAAGGUGGGUGGAAGGAACACUGUUCUUGUUGAUGCUCUUAAGAGGAAGAUAUCUCUUGUCACUGAUGUGCCAACUAUAAUAUUUGGAGCAGAUGUAACUCAUCCUCAUCCUGGAGAGGACACCUGUCCUUCCAUAGCAGCUGUUGUGGCUUCCCAAGAUUGGCCAGAAGUCACAAAGUAUAUGGGUCUAGUUUCGGCCCAACCACAUCGUCAAGAGAUGAUUGAAGACCUUUAUAAGGUUGUCCAAGAUUCUAAACGAGGACCUGUUGCUGGUGGCAUGAUAAGGGAUCUUUUGAUUUCUUUCCGCAAUGCAACAAAUCAGAAGCCUAGAAGGAUCAUAUUCUAUAGAGAUGGUGUAAGUGAAGGGCAGUUCUAUCAAGUCCUCCUUCAUGAAUUGGAUGCAAUCCGCAAGGCCUGUGCAUCACUUGAGAAGGAUUAUCAGCCUCCUGUGACUUUUAUUGUCGUUCAGAAACGACAUCACACACGGCUGUUUGCUAAUAAUCAUCGGAACAAGACUAUGGUUGAUCAUAGUGGGAACAUAUUACCAGGCACUGUAGUUGAUUCUGAGAUUUGUCAUCCUACUGAGUUUGAUUUUUACCUCUGCAGUCAUGCUGGUAUUCAGGGAACUAGCAGGCCAGCACACUAUCAUGUUCUUUGGGAUGACAAUAAGUUUAAGGCAGAUGAAUUGCAGUCUUUAACAAACAAUCUUUGUUACACAUAUGCACGGUGUACGCGUUCUGUUUCAAUUGUUCCUCCAGCAUUUUAUGCACAUUUGGCUGCAUUUCGAGCUCGUUUCUACAUGGAUCCAGAAAUGUCAGAUAGUGGAUCCUUACAUAGUGGAAUUCCUGGUAAGAGUGUGGCUGGUAGUUCUGCAACUCGUACAGCAACUGGAGCUGCUGUUCGGCCCUUACCAGCUAUUAAAGAAAAUGUUAAGAGAGUAAUGUUCUACUGCUAACUAAUUCUCAUGUCAUCUGUCUUUUAACAUCUGGAAAUUGUCGUUCGUGUAACUUCCUGAUUAUUGGCUUUGGCCUUCAGUGAUUUACUUGUUUAAACAAGGUUAGAUUGCUCAUUACAAUAACAUUUUGAAACUUAGAUAAUCAAGAUUUGAUAAUUUAGUCUAA